GUAUUCACAGAGCGCACGAAAACACAGAAAUACGACCAAAUGAAAACAAUACCACUCAAACUUUGGAGCAAAACUCUCUCAAUUUAACCCAGCAAGCUGAUUUAGAAGUCGAAGACGAAGCGAGUGAAUUAGCUUUAAGAGAACAAUUGUUAAAGUCAAUGGUCACCAAACGCGCCGCAAAGAAUGCUGGGAAGGUUAACGAAAAGAGUGCCGCGGCAUCUGUAGCGUCGCCUAGCAACAGCCGUGCUCCAUCGCCAUUCGCGGAGCCUGGUACGAGGAAGGGACUACAAGAGGUUGUAAAGAAUGAGGCAACAAAGGCCGCUAAGGUACAGUAUACGUGAAUGGACCUAUUCCCUAAUGAACAAAAUUUUGAUCUAGACAAGUCUAGACAAAAAUUUCAUCACAGCUUGAAAGAGCAUCACAAAAUUAGUAGUAUUCCAAAGUUUCGUUGCGAAAUGUUGUAAAAUGCGCAUAAUAUAGCCCUGCGAAGUUUGCCAUUUUUCAGUCAUUUUGUAUUACGCACGGGAAAUUGAUAUACCGCUUUCUGAAAAAAGGUAUCAAUUUCCCGUGCGUAAUACAAAAUGACUGAAAAACGGCAAACUUCGCAAGGCUGUAUUAUCCGCAUUUUACAACAUUUCGCAACGAAACUUCGGAAUAUUACUAAUUUUGUGAUGCUCUUUCAAGCUGUGAUGAAAUUUUUGUCUAGACUUGUCUAGAUCAAAAUUCUGUUCAUUAGGGAAUAGGUCCAUUGACGGUUUCAUCUCGCUUUCUCUUCGGAGAACCACAAUAAGUUUUUUUACAAAAACAUUAAUGGUUUUGAAGAUGGGAGAUAAUACUAUUAUGCACUUAAUGUCUGCUCCCUCGGGAAAUAGUUAGUUUUGUUUUCCCGAGAAUCUCAAUGUUUCCCGAGACGAAGUCGAGGGAACCAUUGAGAUACGAGGGAAAACAAAACUAACUAUUUCCCGAGGGAAAAGACGUUAAGUGUUUUGUUAUAUAGCGACGAAACAAAUAUCAACAGUGAACAACAUUCAUACAACAAUAUUUGUAAUUUUGUAUUUCAUGACAAAAACUCUAUAGCGUAAACGAGUUUAAAAUUUUAAAAACCUACUUAAAUGGUUUCAGCAGCAUAUCCUGUUUUGUUUAUUUAUGUACGUAGCCGGUCGGGGUGGGCAACAAUUUUUCACUUAUUGUCCGGGCGGGAUACAUUGCAUUUAUCUAAAGCCACGUGACUACAAAUCAGCCAAUCACGUUUGGUGUUCACACUAGCUAUAUUAUAAUCCCAUUUGUCAACCCAUCAAUUGGUACGUAAGGCGAAUAAUAUGAUGGUGAUUAUAUAGUUUACCGUCAAUGAAAAGAAUGAAUUUUAUUUAUAUUGCAUAUUAUAAUAUGGCUAAGAGCCGUGUUGAUAUAACUCAAUGUCAACACGGAAAAUUUCUUCCUUUAUAUUUCUUUGUUAAGUUUUAUAUAAAACUUUUUUCCGUAUUGAUAUAAAGUUAUAUCAACGCUCGUGGAAAUUGGGAAAACUCGAAAUAGUGUGAAAACACUCAAUGUUUUAUAUUUGUUAAAUGUUAAUUGCUAUAUUGCUGUGAAUAUUGCCAACAAAAUGUAUAUUGGUAUUUAAUUUAAAUGAAACCAUUAAUGGUACCGUUAAUGCGAAUCGAAUCUUUCGUUUGCUGUUGCUUGUAAAGCAGAGCGAACCAGAACGACGUUUGAAACUCCCGAGAAACUUUUUUUAAUAGGCAAUUCCAGCUAUGGACUUGGUACUGAUCUGGCCAAGAGAAAAAGUGAAUCUGUCACUACCACAGCUGAAAGAGCAUGUUAAAAUGAGUAAAAUUGCAAAGUUUGGUUGCGAAAUGUUGUAAAAUGCGGAAAAUAUAGCCCUGCGAAAUGUGCAAAUUUUGUAUUAAUUUGUAUUACGCAUGGGAAAAUGCACCACUUUCGGCCCAAAUGUGAUGCAUUUUCCCGCGCGUAAUACAAAUUAAUACAAAAUUUCGAAGGGCUAUAUUUCGUCAUUUUACAACAUUUCGCAACCAAACUUUGCAAUUUUACUAAUUUUAACAUGCUCUUUCUAGCUGUGGUGAUGGAUUUUGUUCUUCUUGCCGAGAUCAAAAUUUAGUCUAUAACUAGAAUCAUCCGUUGUACUUGCAUGUCUGAAUAGAGCGCUCUCGCGUCAGCCGAUCCAGCCCGUCAAAACGGCGUCUAAGUGAGCGUCUUUGUUGUUUUUAGGUGAACAUUGCACCGCCGAAGCACGAGCCUGUGGUCAUUCAUCUUGGCGUUGAUUCCGAGGACAGUGAGUCGGAUGGCGAAAGUCCCAUUAAACGAGAGUCGAACUCAUUCUUUGGUGGCUUAGAUUCGUUUAUUAAGGAAGCAAG